AUGGCGAACCCUGAUGUUGCCAAUCCUAAAAGCUUAGACUUCACAUUUCCCGGUACCGACAUAGAGAGAAAGGAUGUGGAUGAGAAGAUCGAAUACCAGACCGGCUCCUCUGUCGCUACUGGACUUGCUGCGCUUGUACUGCACUGUUUUCAGGUCAAAUUGCUUCGAACUGGGGACAGGGACAAGGAGAGGGUCAGACAGUCGUUCAAGAGACUCAAAGAACAUGGCGGGAUGCUGAAGGCUUUCAAGAAGAAUAUUGGCGCGACUGAGGAGAGCGAUCACAAGUAA